UUACCAAUUGCAGUUUCACCAGACUCACUGACAGUUGUUGUGAGAAGAACUGUGAGGCUAGCUUCACAGUAACCCUCCACUUGCACCGCUGAGGACUUUGACUUCCAGAGAAUACUCCCGUGGAAUAUUCCCAGGACAUAGAUUCAGCAACCAGUUGCGGAAGUUGUGCAGAUCCAGGUCUCACUCUUUCAAAAGAUAACUUAGUAAGAAGGGGAAAGAAUAAUAUCUUGCUGACCGAGUUGCUACCUUGGUAACGCAGCUACAUUAGCAAAUGCACGAUAAUUCUUAACUCGUAGAAUCACGGGCUUAUAACGUAGCAUAGAUAACGUUAACUUAACACGUUUAUGGUUUUGCCUCCAGCAAUGGUGGAGGUGUUUAUAGGUCGAGCUCUCGUCAACAAGGAUGGGGAUGUCAUUGAUCCAGAAGUGGCACUGCGAAACAAAGUAGUAGGUAUAUACUUCUCGGCUGGAUGGUGCCCACCUUGUCGGGACUUCACGCCCAUCCUCUGUGAUUUUUACACUGAGUUGGUAGAAGAGGCCGACGUACCUGCACAGCUUGAGAUUGUCUUUGUAUCAUCUGACAAGUCCACAGAGGACAUGGUUGAAUACUACCAUGACAUGCAUGGUGACUGGCUUGCGUUGCCGUGGACAGAUCAAUAUAAACAUGACCUCAAGAAGAGGUUCAACAUCACCGCUGUGCCAAAGCUGGUGAUUGUGAAAGAGAACGGCGAGGUGAUCACAGACAAAGGCCGAAAGCAGAUCAGGGACCAGGGCCUGGCUUGCUUCCGAAACUGGCUAGAGGUGGCAGAGAUUUUCCAGAACUUUAAGGGGUAGAAUGCUCUCCUUUACCUCUGCAAACUAACUCCAUUUACACUGCUGCUCUUUCUAGGAUGACUGCUAGCCAUUGUCUCUCAGGCAUAUACAGUAGUAGCUAUGAGUUCAUACAUGUGCUCAUCUAGGCCUAUGCAUUGUCUCUCAGGCAUAUACAGCACUAGUUAUACGUUUAUACAUGUGCUCUAUGCAUUGUUUAUUUCACCUUAACAUUAAGUGUGUUUUUAAAAUACUGUGCUGCUUUUAUAUUAUUUUAUAUCUUACAGAGUUUUUAUAAGAAAUAUUUUAGUUGUUCAAAUAUAACCACUUCUAUUGCAAUAAAACUUUAGCUAAAAGCUUAAA